AUGACUAGCAAAACACUUAUCAAUAAUUUGGUUAUUCCCAAUUAAAUAGAGGAUACUAAUUUGGAGCAGAUUAAUGUUUAGUAAAUAGUCUCUUAGUUGGUCACAAAUUCUACUUUUUAUAAGGAAAAGAAAAGUGUAAUUAAAUCUUCUAGGGCUUAUUAUGCAGAUUAACCGUUAAGCAUAAAUGUAGGAGUUAAAUAUGAGCCCUAUGUAUUUGAGAAGAAUUUAAAGAAAAAUCAUCGGUCUAAAUUGGAAGAAGAAGUUUAUAAAAUAAAAUAAUACACGAUUGACAUCUAGAGAGCGGAUUAGGAGGCAAAAGUUAAAGAUAAAAAUUUUGAGAAAAUGAGAUAAUUAGAUAUGCAAAGUUUAGAGAAAAGGAUCCCAAAGUUAGCGAUUUUACAUAAGAUUUAAGCUUUUCAUAGACGAAAAUGUCCUUAAUUUGAUAUAAAUAAAUGCCUAAACAGAAAGAAAUAAUAUUCUGAUGAUAUUUCAAGAGAAGAAAUUAUUGAAAUGGAAGAAAAAAAGAUUUCUUAAUAAGUAGCUCGUAAAACAUUACUUCAAAGACAAUAGGAUAUAAUAAAGAGAUGUCUGUCUCCAAAGAUGAGAGAAGUCUUAGGAGUUCAUAUAGAAUUAAAAAACGAUAGUUUUGGAGAUGAAUCAAACAAUCACUAAACUUAUAAUUAAGCUAGACGUGUAAGCUCGUUUGGAUUUUCUAGCCGUACUCCUUCUAACCGUCACUAAACUCCUUGUUGCUCUUCUUUCCAUGACGAUAAUAUUUAAAAGAAUUAUAUGAAUAAAUCAUAUAAUAGCUCAAGAGCGUAAUCAUCUUCAGAAAAUAGAAGAAAAAAUUUAGUUAACUAGUCUUUGGAAAUGAAUAUGCAAUCAUAUGGAUAAACUUAUUAAGAAAGUUAAGCUUAACCUAUAAGCCAGAAAAGGCAUAGCUUUUUGUUCCCUGCAAGUCAUCAAAUUCUUUAGUAAAACAUUGAAUAAAGUAGUAUUUAGUAAUAUAAUUAAAACACUUAUAACGGCAGUACAUUAUAAUCUACGAUUUAAUAAGCUUAAAAUAAACGAAAAAUUUCUUCUGCAAUGUGUAGCCCCUAAAUACAGACACCAAUGUAAUAAAAUUCACCUGAAAGGGAAAAAUAAGAUCUAUUAAUGUAGAGAAAAUAGAGAGAGAAUAGCCCAAUGAGAUUCCUUUUCAAAAAAUAUGAAAACGUUGUAAAUGAAAGUUAUGAUGAUUUUAGAAUUGAAAUGAAAAAUAUAGCUGAUGUAUAUUUGCCACAUUAAAAAUAAAGUAAAAAUUCAAACAGUGGAACACAGCAAACUGAUACAAAUAAUGCUAAAACUUAAAACACAGAAAUAAAUUAAGCAAGAAAACUAUCAGUUUAAUAGAUCCUAAAUGCAAAUGCUACCAAUCAGAAUAUUUAUGAAUAGCUUUCAAGCCAAUAAAAUUUAUAGUAAAAUGCAAAUUAAAGAAAAUAGUCUAUUUCACUUUCAUAAAAUAACUAACAAAAAUCAAGAUUUAAUAAUUUUUAAUCUUCUUCUCCUCAGUAAUAGCAGUAAACUACUGCAGAUAAUUUUGAAACAUAAAAUGUAGAAAAUUCAGGAAUGCCAAGUUAAAAGCAGUCAACUACUGCAAAAGGCAGAUUCAUAGAGAAAAAUUAAGGGGUGUAGUAACUGAAUAAGACAUUAACAGAAUUUGAAAAAGAGAAUUAAAAAAUUAAAAAACAAGUAAAUAAUUUUUAAAAGAAUUUGGAAAAAAACGAUAAAAAAAUGGAUGAAGCAUUAGAAAUGAGACGAAAAUGUGAUUCUUACAAUGUAAGUGAUUUUCUAAUGAAGGUUCAAUAAAAAAAAAUAACUGAAUAAGAAGAAAAAUAAAAAUAAGAAACAAUAAAGAAAAAAUUUAGUAAAGUAGAAAGAAAUACUUAAAAUAAUGGGCAAAUACAUUAAAAUAAUUGA